AUGGACCCCUUCUCCAUCAACAAUAAGGAUUCGGAUUCGUCCGCAAAGACCAACUCAGCGUCCCAGGUGGGUAUCAUGGUCAACUCGUACUGCGAUUACUUUGCCUCGGUGUCUUUUCCCGAUGUGUUAGACCUUGGACUUCGGGUUGCGAAGCUCGGUUCGUCGAGUGUUAUCUAUGAAGUUGGGGUUUUUAAGCAGGGGGAGGAGGAGGUUAAGGUUGUUGGGGGGUAUAUGCAUGUUUUUGUGGCCAGGGAGACAAUGAGGCCGACCAAAGCGGGAAUGGAGGAGAGGGUGAGGAAGGGAUUGGAGAAGUUGGUUAAGGGGGGUGGCAAGGAGGGGGCAAAGUUGUAG